AUGCGUGUUGGAGGUGCUGAUUGUUCCAAUUGUGGUAUUCAACUUAAAAAUCCUUCGAGAGGUUUAACAGGGAGUAAACUACUCGAACGGAGACGUUCUAAAUCUAUAACUGUUGGUAGAGAAGCAGAAAAAGUGCUAAAUAAAAGUGAGGAAAUGGAACGAUGUCCAACUUCGCAGAAUUGAAAUACACGGGUGUUUUUUAUGUAUAGUACCUCAAAAGAAACAUUGCUAAAAAACCAAAAUAAAUAAAUAUAUUUUUCCAUAACGAUAUUUUU